CACGUCUUUCAGGAAAUGCACAGAACACGAGGGAUUAAGGAGGCCAAGGAGGGGCUGGGAGAGGUAGGAACAGCAUGUUGGGCUUUCCCGGGUGACUGAGGACGCGCGAGGGCUGGGGCGGGAUGAAGGGAACUAGCGGAGCACCUGGCGGGCACCGUCGUCUGAGAACAAGUCUAGAAGCAGCACGGGGGAGGCUUUCAUCGUGGCAGCGCGCUUCCCGCCGGCCCCACCCUGUGGAGCUCCUCAGCGGAUUUGCUCCUCCGGUUCCAGCGGGGAUGAAGGAGGCGGCGCACCGAGUUCCCGCGAGGAUCAAUGACCUGACGAGGCGCCGGAGCCGCGCUGACUCUAGGGUGGCCUGGGUCGGUGGUGAGCCCGGUGCUCGUGGAGCGGCGGGCGGGCCGGAGGGCCUCGGUCUCCCGCGGCGGAGCGAGGAGAGGCGGAGGAGCGGGAACCGCGGCGGCGCUCGCGCGGCGCUUGCGGGGGGAAGGGCAGUUCCGGGCCGGGCCGCGCCUCAGCAGGGCGGCGGCUCUCCCGGCGCAGACUCAGGGCCCCGGCGGCAGCGGCGACUGGAGGAAUCAAGUUGUGCGGCCGGUGAUGCCCGAGUGAGUGGCUAGCCCGGGCCUCUGCCCCGAGGAGGCAACUCCCACGCAGGCCGCACGGGCGCCCUCGCGGCUGGGAGGCUUCGUUUCGGUUUCGCGGCGGCUGCGGCGUAGUUGGCUGAGGGGACCCGGGACACCUGAAUGCCCCCGGCCCCGGCUCCUCCGACGCGAUGGGGAAGGUGCUAUCCAAGAUCUUCGGGAACAAGGAAAUGCGGAUCCUCAUGUUGGGCCUGGACGCGGCCGGCAAGACAACAAUCCUGUACAAGUUGAAGCUGGGCCAGUCGGUGACCACCAUUCCCACAGUGGGUUUCAACGUGGAGACGGUGACUUACAAAAACGUCAAGUUCAACGUAUGGGAUGUGGGCGGCCAGGACAAGAUCCGGCCGCUCUGGCGGCAUUACUACACCGGGACCCAGGGUCUGAUCUUCGUGGUGGACUGCGCCGACCGCGACCGCAUCGACGAGGCCCGCCAGGAGCUGCAUCGCAUUAUCAAUGACCGGGAGAUGAGGGACGCCAUAAUCCUCAUCUUCGCCAACAAACAGGACCUGCCUGAUGCCAUGAAACCCCACGAGAUCCAGGAGAAACUGGGCCUGACCCGGAUUCGGGACAGGAACUGGUAUGUGCAGCCCUCCUGUGCCACCUCAGGGGAUGGACUCUAUGAGGGGCUCACAUGGUUAACCUCUAACUACAAAUCCUAAUGAGCAUUCUCCACCUAUCCCCCCGGAAGGAGAGAAAUCAAAAACCCAUUCAUAGGAUUAUCGCCACCAUCACCUCUUUCAAUUGCCACUUUCUCUUCUUCUGAAUUUGAACUCUGGAGUUACUGUUCUACGGUUGGGGAGGGGGGGUUAGGGGUUUCCUUUUUUUGUUUUUCUUUGUUUUUUUCUUUUUUUUUUUCCCCUCUUUUUCUUUUUGCUUUGCGUUAGGAUGCUCUGAUCUGACAGUUGACAUGAACACAGUGCUAGAUGCUCUUAUUGACUUCCAGCAAAUGGGAUGGGGGAAAUAUAGCAGUUUUUGGUAAAGUCCUUUAUAAUAAUGGUUUGAUUUUUUUAUUUCGAGAGAAUCUUUUUUGCAAUGUAUGCUUUUUUCCUUUUUGCCCAGUUUCCUUAUCACUUGCUGUAGAUGGCUUAUUUUGCAUUCAUGCAGACUAUGUUGCAAGUCUGUUUCAUCUAGUAAACUGAAAAUUAUUGCUUAAUCAAA